AGUCUGUGGUUUACUCCGCCCCCCACCCGCUCGAGGUCCCACCCCCUUCAUCCGUCCCCACCCUCUUGGAAGCCGUGGGGGGCGGGAAAAAGACCACAGGGCGUCCGGAGUUUUGCACCCAACUUUAGGGGACUGCAGAGCCUGGGUUGGAGAGUCGAGAAUGGAACUGCGGGAGCUCUGCUUGGCUCUGCUGGCGCUGGGGGCGCUGACGGGCAGAGUCCGGGGAGCCAAUGUCUGCACCACCCGGGGGGUGAGUUCCUGCCAGCAGUGCCUUGCUGUGAGCCCUCUAUGUGCCUGGUGCUCAGAUGAGGACCUGGCUCCAGGCCCUUCCCGCUGUGACCUGAAAGAGAACCUACUGAAAGAAGGAUGUGCACCUGAAUCCAUUGAAUUUCCGGUCAGUCAAAUCACUGUUCUGGAAGCUAGACCUCUCAGUAAUACUGGUUCUGGAGAUAGUUCCAUGAUCACUCAAGUCAGCCCCCAGAAGAUUGAACUUCGACUGAGGCCAGAUGAUUCCCAGACCUUCUCAGUGCAAGUGCGGCAGGUGGAAGAUUACCCAGUAGACAUCUACUAUUUGAUGGAUCUAUCCAACUCUAUGCGGGAUGACCUGCAAAAAAUCCAGUCUCUGGGGACUAAGCUUGCCUCCGAGAUGCGCAAGCUUACCAGUAACCUACGCAUAGGCUUUGGAGCCUUUGUGGACAAGCCCAUAUCCCCAUACAUGUACAUUUCUCCACCGGAGGCCCUCAAAAACCCUUGCUAUGAAAUGAAGACAACCUGCUUACCUAUGUUUGGCUACAAGCAUGUGUUGACUUUGACGGAUCAGGUGACACGCUUCAAUGAGGAAGUGAGAAAGCAGAAUGUAUCCAGGAACCGGGAUGCCCCAGAAGGUGGAUUUGAUGCCAUAAUACAAGCUACAGUCUGUGAUGAAAAGAUUGGCUGGCGGAAUGAUGCAUCCCAUUUGUUGGUGUUCACCACUGAUGCCAAGACCCACAUUGCUUUGGAUGGGAGGCUAUCAGGAAUUGUUCAACCCAAUGAUGGCGAAUGCCACAUUGGCAGUGACAAUCACUACUCUGCCUCCACCACUAUGGAUUAUCCCUCUUUAGCCCUGAUGACUGAGAAGCUAUCACAGAAGAAUAUCAACUUAAUCUUUGCAGUGACUCGAAGUGUGGUCAGCCUCUAUCAGAACUAUAGUGAGCUCAUUCCAGGGACCACUGUAGGAACGCUGUCUGCGGAUUCCAGCAAUGUGCUUCAGCUCAUUGUUGAUGCCUAUGGGAAAAUCCGUUCUAAAGUAGAGCUGGAAAUCCGUGAUCUUCCUGAGGAGCUGUCCUUGUUCUUCAAUGCCACCUGCCUCAAUAAUGAGGUCAUCCCAGGUCUCAAGUCCUGUGUCGGCCUCAAGAUUGGAGAUACGGUGAGCUUCAGCAUCGAAGCCAAAGUGCGUGGCUGUCCCCAGGAAAAGAAGAAAUCCUUUACCAUUAAGCCUGUGGGGUUUAAGGACAAGCUCACUGUCUCUGUUACUUUUGACUGUGAUUGUGCCUGUCAGGCCCAGGCUGAACCACAAAGCAAUCGUUGCAAUCAGGGCAAUGGGACGUUCGAGUGUGGGGUGUGCCGCUGUGGCCCAGGCUGGCUGGGUGCCCAGUGCGAGUGCUCCGAGGAGGAUUACCGCCCCUCCCAGCAGGAUGAGUGCAGCCCCCAGGAGGGCCAGCCUGCCUGCAGCCAGCGUGGGGAGUGCCUGUGCGGCCAGUGUGUGUGCCAUAGCAGUGACUUUGGCAAGGUGACUGGCAAAUAUUGUGAGUGCGAUGACUUCUCCUGUGUCCGAUUCAAAGGCGAAAUGUGCUCAGGCCAUGGCCAGUGCAGUUGUGGGGACUGCCUCUGUGAUUCCGACUGGACUGGUGACUACUGUAACUGCACCACCCGCACAGACAUGUGUAUGUCUAGCAAUGGACUGCUGUGCAGUGGCCGAGGUCAGUGUAUCUGUGGCAAAUGUGUUUGCACCCAGCCCGGAUCUUAUGGCGAUACCUGCGAGAAGUGUCCCACCUGCCCGGAUGCCUGCACCUUUAAGAAAGAUUGUGUGGAGUGCCAGAAGUUCAGUCGAGGAGCGUGGUUUGAGGAGAAUAUUUGCAACAACUACUGUCGGGAUGAGAUUGUGCCUGUGACAGAACUCAUGGACACUGGCAUGGAAGCAGUGAACUGUACCUAUAAGGAUGAAGAUGAUUGUGUAGUCAGGUUCCAGUAUUAUGAAGACUCCAGUGGGAAAUCCAUUCUUUAUGUGGUGAAUGAACCAGAUUGUCCCAAAGGUCCUGAUAUCCUGGUGGUCCUGCUUUCAGUGAUGGGAGCCAUCUUACUUAUUGGCUUGGCCACACUGCUCAUUUGGAAGCUUCUAAUCACCAUCCAUGACCGAAGGGAAUUUGCUAAAUUUGAAGAAGAAAGAGCCAGAGCCAAGUGGGACACAGCGAACAACCCAUUGUAUAAAGAAGCCACAUCUACUUUCACCAAUAUCGCCUACCGUGGGAAUUCCUAAUGGGAUCCUUGCCAUCAGCAGAGUCAAGGAUUGUGGAUGUUUCCUCCCCCAUGUUUACAGAGGAUUGGAUGGAUGUUGUAGGAUCCAGGAGCAGGGAAAGGGGAUAGGGAGGAACAUGAAGAUGUGUGUGUGAGAGAUGUGUCUCCCUCUGGACAUUUCCCUGUGUGUGUGUGUGUGUGUGUGUGUGUGUGUGUGUAAUUUAACAUUUCUGAGGGAAAUACCUCAACCAGCUUUUUUUUUUUGGGGGGGGUGAGCACUUACUUCAGGGAUCCUUUUUUUUUUUCUCAUUUAGCUCUCCCUAGCAGAGCAUUUGGGCCUCAUUACCUCAGUGAGAAACCAUCUCACCUCAUAUGAGCCAGACUUCCCCCCCAAAAAGGCAGGAAUAUAGCUAAGUCUGGGGUUGGGGAGGAGAGAAGGAUAAAGCCUUCACCAAGUCCUGGCUUCCCCAUCAUGAGUAGUCUAUGGCACCUGGAACUGACUCAGUUACCUAGGACCGUUAGUAGAAAUCAUUGGGCUUUAUUUUUUGUCACCUCAGUAUAUGUGGAUGUGACAAUAUGGCCUCAUUUCCAUUCCUCUCUUCUCAGAUUGGAUAAAGGAGAAGCCAAGGAACAGAACAUUGGGCUUUGUUUCUCUGGAAUAAUUCUGCAGGGCUCUCUGGUGGUCUUAGCUAAUGGGGUCGACAGUCCAUGCUCAUUGUUUCUCUCUCUCUCUCUCUCUCUCUCUCUCUCUCUCUCUCCCCACUAUUUUCCUUGAAGGGAAUCCAUGUCCUUCAGCUAGAGUAGUUGGGGUGGCUGAGCUAUUAUUGAUGGAAAAAAUUCUGAUUUAGGGUGCACAGGUAUAUAACAGGGAAUUCUCAAAUCUAUUUAACUGAGGCUAACCUCCCUAUGCUAAUACCAUUUCAUCUACUUCCAACUACCAUUGGUAUGGAAAAUUUGGCUCGCUCCAGCAAAAACAAUUCCUCUUUCAGGAAGGUGAUGGGCUGAGAUGCAGAAAACUGGGCAUUGACACUUCAAAUGUUCUGUUCACUCUCUGUGAUCCCAUUAUGUUCCUCUGUGAAUUGUACCCACACAUUGGUCUACUCACAUUGACCUCAUCUCAUGAAAGUGUUAAGAGGGACCAUAUCUAUGAGCCUCUAUACCUGAUGAGCAAGAGGUACAGGAGUAGAAUGAUGGACCUGGGAGGAAAGCCCAUGAGAUUUAGUGUCAGAGCUUGGGUUGGAAAACUAGCUACCACUUUUUUUUUUUUUUUUUUUUUUUGCUGAGGCAAUUGGGGUUAA